GAUGAAGAGGAAACAGUGGCCUUUCUUGAUCACAGUGGAAGUGAAGAAGAGUUUGAUCCAAGUACUCUUCCAGAUCCUGAUAAAUACAAAGAUUCUGAUGAAGAGCAGGAUUCAGAAAGCGAAGAGAGCUAUAGUGAACUUCAGGAGAAGAGUGGAAGAAAGAAAAGAAGCUAUAGCAACAGUACUGCAGAAGAAGAAAUGCCACUGAAAAGAAAGAAGGCGAAAUUCAGUCAAGAGGAGGACCCCUAUUUGCCGUUAGAUACUGGGCUUUCUCUUGCAGAGGAUGAAGAGCUUGUACUACAUCUGCUCAACAGUCACAGCUAAUUAUUUUUCCGCAGGUUUUCUUUUCUGGGACAUCUCCACAAUUUUGUCAGUCGUCUACAGAAAAUGAAUUUGGCAUCUGGGCAGCUGGGUACCAGUGGACGUAGAUAAAUGAGUUCCAUGUGCAAUGGGAUUGCCUUAGAUUGGCUCAUAGAUUAUAGACAAUAUUUAGUUUGAUUUACAAAGCUUUCUAAAUGAACUUUCCAACCUAAAUCCCAGAUGUCAUUUUGCAGUAACGUAUUCAUAAUUUAAAAUC